AUGCGGCGCCGCUCUUCCUCCCCACCGUUCGUGACCGCCCUCGCGCUCCUGCUGCUGAUGGGCUCCGCUGAGGCGCGGCGGUUUGAGGAGGCGAUCGCAUUCCAUAGACUGGAGGCUGGCAGCUCCUCUGGACUCGCAGCCCGCGGGGCCGGUUCUGCCGCCUCGGCUUCGUCCGUCGCGGCUGGCACUGUGGACCCCAUCUUUCUUUCCACCGCAGUCGGCCUCACGACGCUCGCCAACAUCGCGAACGUGGCGCUGCACACGGUGCGCCUGGAACACCUCGAGGACACGGAAUCGGUGCUCGCGACGAUCCAGGAGAAGAUUCUCUGGCGAAUUUUCGCCGAGCGCGCCGACGCCUGCUUCUCGGUGCGCUCCCUGGAGGUGCAGGCCGACCUGCUCACCCGCGCCACGGAGGCUCUCGUGGAGUUCACCGGGGCACACGUGCCCGAAGCAUACCCCCUGACGGUCUCCAACGGGAUGCUCGGCCACGCAGGCACGCCAAACGCGACUGCGGCGAGGGCGAUCGCGUCCGACGUGGCGCAGAUCUCGAGGUCCCUCAAGGUGGUGAACAGCCACCUACGACGUGCCAUGGCGGCGGCGGUGCAGACCGCGUGCCACUCGGCCGCUAGCGGCGAGAUCAUCAUCCAGGCCGACGUUGAGCUGCUAAGCAAGCAGAUCGAGGAGGCACAUUCGGAGCUCAUGUCCGCUGGCCUGCACCUCAUUUCGGACCUCACUGGUGGGAUCUUGACCGGCGUAUUCGACCCCACUGAGCCCGUAGAUAUUGAUUUGGAAGAGUCGAUCCGACAGGGCGAGGUGCUGUUGAGUUCCCUGGCGAGCCUCGGGCAGCUUUCUGAGGACAAGUGGGAUGGGCCUCCCAAGGGCAUCUCACAGACUACUUGGGGUUAUCUGGUCGAAGGGGUCACAUAUAUGUGGGGUGCCGCCACUGCGCUUUCGGUGUACAUCGAGGACACCGCAAUGAUCGAUGCUUUAGUACAGUUUGAUUUCAUGCUCGAGAGCCUCUACAAGCUUGCUACGGGUUCAACUUCCACUGAUUUGGAUGCUGCAGUUGAGGUCCUCAACCUCAUGAGUUCUAUGCUGAGACUCACCAAUUAUAUUAUGAGCCUCUUGAGUGGUGAACAGAAUCCAGGUGUGUUGUACGUGACGCUCACGGUUCAGACUUUGUCCGCCAUGGUCAGGCUCGCGAGGACGUCGCUGAUGUUGGAGCGGGAGCAGGGCCAGCAGCGUGAGAUGAUCGCGCAGGCGCGAUCAACGAAGAACGAGGCAACCCUCCUGCGGAGCUAUGGCACUUGCAAUGCGUUGGGGACGGCCUGGGAGCUCUCUGGUACUGCUGGUGCCUUCAUGAAGGAAGCGCAGGCAGCGGGCGCCAUGUCUUUGCAAGGUCUCGAUGAGGGCGUCUUGACCAGGGUCUACGAGCGGUAUGUGGAGGAAAGGCCAUCUUUGGCGGCGAAGGUCCUCCGGGAGGCCCUGUCUUUGGGGACGCCCGGGGUCACGGAAAGGCUUGUACGAACGGCUGAAACACUUGCGAGGGUGGCGCCUAUUACGGACUUUGCGGUCGCCUCUGAGAGACAUCAGGUGAAGGCUCUGGGCGCGCUAGGUUUCGAGCCCGUCAAGACAAGCGCACGCAGGGCCCGCUUCCUGAUCUGCCGCGGGUGUGGCGACUCCGUCAUCACGGGCAUGAAGGUUGUUGAUGACGAGACGUUUAAGGAGCUGGAGAAAAACUUCAGCAGCCCCCCCGAGCGCUUCGGGGACCUCUCCAUGCCAAGCGACUCAACGCUCAAUUUCGUUCAGCUGCCCAGGAAGGAGGGCUUUUCUAUGCUUGCAUUUGCGAAAGUGCCGAUCACGUCGCUGUUAACACAUUCACUGCCAGUGCUCUUCGACCUGCGCGAGGAGGUCUUCACCACCGAGGCGAAGAAGAUGGACAAAGGGGCGCCAGAGCUCUUCCAGGAAAAAGCAAAGGCCAUCCUGAAGCGCAACGACGUCGAGGUGCUCUCAUGGAAGGCCAGGUAUACAGGCAUCGAUGGAUGGAAGAACGGCAUGCUCAAAGGAGCUUACUGCGAUGACCAUCCAAACAAGUUAGAGUUCGGGAGCUUGGAUAUAUUAGCAGGCCGUUUCCGCCAGACAUCCCCGCAUGAUAUUGAGGAGAAGGCACCCCAUCGUAGCUUGGUGCCCGAGGGCCUCUUGCGGCAAGGACGCUACCUUACAGUGACCAAAGGAUGUGGUUGCAGAAUGGGCAGCCUGGGCAAUCCGUAUCGUGCGGGGGCUCUUGACAAUGUGGCCAAGUGGUGGAUGGCGAUCGAUGGCGACGACGACAACAUGUUCCAAGCUCAACGGUGUCAGUGGCGCUAUGAUAUCUGGAUUUCUGCAGAGCCCCUGGUCGACGUCGAAAUUACCAAUGAAAAUAAUAAUACCGAGCUCGGCUGCUCAAUCUCCUACUCUUCCAAGGAGCUGCUGGAGCCGGUUGACGAUUUGUCACAGCUCGUGUUUGCGAUCGGCUACGACGGCGCCAAGGGCAAACACUGGGAAUGGAUUCACAACGAUUGGCUCGGCGUCGGGACCCAGUUCCCCGACUCCAGGCUACUGUACAACUCGGAGGAGACCCAGGUUGGCCCAGCUGGCCGCCCGUAUGCCAUGGAUGACGACGGGUGCAGCUCCGAUGUCGCUUUCCAGGUCUGGAGAAAGCCCAGUGCCAUCGUGCAGUCCUCCAAGGGCAUGGUCACGCGCCCCACAGGGCAGGACAUGGUGACUGAUUUCCAGAAGAACCUUGGCUCUGUGCUGUGCUCCACCCGUUGUUCGUUCAGAGACUUGGAGGGCCUCCCCGAGGCAUUGGUGCAGGUCCUCGGCUUGUCGAGCACUGCAGUCCCUGUACCACGCUUCGUGCCAAGACAGCGUGGCUCUUCUCGAUCUUGCCGUCACGUGGGUCGGCGGAUUCUCAUGCCGCAGGGGUUCCCAAAUAACCUGACUAGUUUUGUGCAGAGUGGCCUUGGCCAGCUCACCACUAACGAGAAGUUUAGGUGGCCCCUCUUCGACAAGAUCGAGCGGAUCUACAAGGAGGAGUGCGAUUUCGAGGCAACACUGUUGUUGGAUCCUGCGCCAUGCGCAGCGGGAUACAUGCCCGACCUCCAGCUGAACUCCGAGGGAGCCGUCGAGGAGACUUGCGUGCCCAGGGCGGUUGGUGGCGCUGGAAGGGCCCCCCUACACCGCUACGCAGUCGUCUGGGACUUGCACAACCAUGACCGACAGAAGCUGCGAUGGGAGGAGACGGAGGUCGAGGACGGCCUUACCGCAGUCGGCUUCAACCGCUGGGGUGCGGAGAUGCUGCUCGAGUCCGACACGCUUAACACUGACCUCUUCUUCUGGAGGAGGAGCCUCCGACAGCGCAUCUUCGUGCAGCGGGACCCUCGCGUGACCACGGCCUCUGGCGCCGAUGUGUGCAGCUUUAGGCUCUAA